AUGGCGCUCUUUCACGUCGCUCGGUACUCGGGGCCCGAGGAGGCAGGCCCGGCCCAGGCGGAGACCGACACGGACGGCCGCGCCCGCAAGCUGCUGGAGCGGCUGCAGAGCCGGGCCCGGGAGCGGCAGCAGCAGCGGCGGUCUGCGCCCUCACAGGCGAUCGCUGAGGCGGCGGGGAAGCGGCGUCGGCGGCCGCGGCGGCGACGGCGCGGGAGCAGCGGUGAGCCCGAGAGCCCCGGUGCGCCGCGGAGGAAGCGGCCGAAGGCGGCUGGUAGCGGCGCGGACGCAGGUCGGGGCGACGAGGCGCCGGAGGAGGGCGCCGUGCACGCCAAGGCGGAGACGGUGGAGGAGGCCUCAGAGACCCCGCGGGAAGGGCCGCCGGAAGCAGCCUCGGGAGCUCCAGCCCGCGCCCUGCUGCUUGGCGGCUUCGAGCGGAGGAGGGCGCCGAAGGUCCAGCCUUUACUGCCCACGUGGCUGGCCAAGCCGCGCCGAGUGGGGAAGAGUGUCACCGAGCACCUCGUCCCCAUUCAGGACAUCCCUGAGGUCCAUCCUGACCUGCAGAGGAAGCUGCAGGCCCAGGGCAUCUCAUCCUACUUCCCAGUCCAGGCAGCUGUGAUCCCCACUCUCCUGCAGAGUGCAGCGGGGGGCUUUCUGGUGGGGAGAGGGGGCUUCUGGCCCCGGGACCUCUGUGUCUCAGCCCCGACUGGCAGCGGGAAGACGCUGGCCUUCGUCAUUCCUGUGGUCCAGGCCCUCCUGCACCGGGUGGUGUGCCAUGUCCGGGCUCUGGUCGUGUUACCCACCAAGGAGUUGGCACAGCAGGUGUGCAGGGUGUUCCACAUCUACACGGCUGCCACACCCCUGCAUGUCGCCCUGGUCACUGGGCAGAAGGCACUGGCCAAGGAGCAGGAGAGCCUUGUCCAGAGAACAGCAAAUGGCUACCGCUGCCUGGCCGACAUCGUGGUGGCCACCCCUGGCCGCCUAGUGGACCACAUCGACCAGACCCCUGGCUUCAGCCUGCAGCAGCUGCGCUUCCUGGUGGUGGACGAGGCAGACCGCAUGGUGGACAGCAUGCACCAGUCCUGGCUGCCACGCGUGGUAGCGGCUGUGUUCCGGUGCGAGGGCCCGGCAGACCCCUGUGCGCUGUUUCAGCGAGGGCCACUGAGGGCUGUGACUGCUGCCAGCACCUGCGCCCCCCAGAUGCCUCUGCAGAAGCUGCUCUUCUCGGCUACCCUGACCCAGAACCCUGAGAAGCUCCAGCAGCUUGGCCUCUACCAGCCCCAGCUCUUCUCCACAGGGCUGGAGAGCAAGGGCUCCGAAGGCGGGGUUGACGCGGCAGAGGAUACGGGCGGGAAGUACGCCUUCCCAGAAGGACUGGCACAUCACUAUGUGCCCUGCAAGCUGAGCGCCAAGCCGCUCGCCGUCCUGCACCUGGUCCUGACCACACAGUUCUCGAGGGUCCUCUGCUUUACCAACUCCCGCGAGAACUCCCACAGGCUCUUCCUGCUCAUCCAGGCAUUUGGGGGGGUCAGCGUGGCCGAGUUCUCCUCUCGCCACGCACCCAGCCAGAGGAAGAAAAUCCUGAAGCAGUUUGAGCAGGGCAAGGUUCGGCUCCUCAUCAGCACAGACGCCACAGCCCGCGGCAUUGACGUUCAAGGGGUGGAGCUGGUGGUCAAUUACGAUGCCCCACAGUACGCUCGGACCUAUGUGCACAGGGUUGGACGGACAGCACGAGCAGGACGAGCUGGACGGGCCUUCACGCUGCUGCUCCGGGUGCAGGAGCAGAAGUUUCUGCGGAUGCUGGCGGGCGCGGGUGUGCCAGAGCUCAGGCGGCACGAGGUUCCGGGGGAGCUGCUGCAGCCACUGGUCCCACGCUAUGAGGCAGCCCUGGCCCAGCUAGAGAGGACCGUUAGGGAGGAGCAGAAGCAGAAGACUAGACUCAGUCGCCGGUGGCAAACGCACCGCACCGAGUCCAUGACCAGGGAACACGGGGCUGGCUCCUCAGCCCUACAGCAGGGGGCGGGCCACGGCCCCUGGGACCCAGCUUGCCUGAGCUGCACCGACGCCAGGGACUCGCUCGCAGCGUCGCGGGCAAAGCGCCUGCGUGGAGCCCACCUUGAGGCCCACAAGGCGCGCUCUCCACGCCGCUGGCGCUGA